AUGUCAGAAGAAGAAAUCAAAAGUGGAGAGAGGAUUGAAAUGCAAAGGGAGAUAAUCGAAGACGUAAUCGAGCAGGAGGCGAUUGAAGUGGAACAAUGCGAAUGGAUGGGCGAAGGAGUGGUUCUGGAAGACCAGGUCAGUACGAAAAUUCAAAUUAAAAAAAUUAUUCGAAUUUUCAGGGAGCUCCCGCCUACUUCAACGAACUGAUAGACCAUCAAUUGGUGGAGUUCGACGAAUCGGACCAAUUCCAAGCGCUUUUGCCAGUUCGCAACGGAGUGCCUGUUCUUUCCUUGAAUCUACCGGAUCUUCUGAGCAAACCGAUAAAUUUUUCGGAAAACGAACGAAUGAUUAUGUGCUUCAACAAAAAAUGUCAACGCCAACUGGCUUUCGCCGGUUUCCUCUACACAAUCAAAGACUACGUGCUUGAGACGGAGUGGAAUAACUGGAGAUGCGUGAAUUCGCACUGUUUCGGAGAGAUUCGCACGACGCCGUCGCUGAGCGAAGUGCGAAUUUGUCACGAACACGUGCGCGGAUGUCCCCAGGACGAUCUUCAAAUCCGCAUUCGCAUCGCCGUCUACGACGCCCGGCUCAUGGCCGAAUUCACCGACGCUCCACUAGAGACCCUCUACGCCGGAGCUCAGGGACGAAUCAAGGAAGAUUUCCCUGAUGCCAGCUGCCUUUUGCCGUCUUUCCAGAACCUCAAAUCCACGUUGGAAGACCAUCGAAUUAAUAAAAUCUACCGUAAACGAUUCGAGAUGCAAAACUUGAGGGAUAAGCAGAAGAAGAUGGGAAUGACGCCCGAUGAGGUCGUUUUUACGGAAAACGCCUCGGGACUCAUCAAGUUCAGAAGGACGAAGCCGUUUCCGCCGGUGAGAAAAACAGAGAAAAGAUUAUUUUUAAAAAACAGUAUUUUUUUAGUCAAUGUGUUCCGAGUGCAAUGAGCAGCUGAUCAGCAAUAGCAUGCCAUCGCAAGACAAUCUGAUCGCCCAUUACAUGUACAAUCACGGCAGACGCAUGACGAUUGAGCGAUUCGAAUUCAAAGACGUCAAUCUUUUCGAUGUAAAUUUGCGAAAACUUGUGAAAUCAUAAUAAUACUACUAACCAUUCUCAGCAAUAUCUCCGCGAGCUCAAUCUUCUGAGCCGUCACAAGCUGAAGCGGAUGGGAUUAGCCGACGAGAACAUGUACUAUUUGUGCACGCAGGACGACCGCCUCGCCAAGACCGGAGUGGGCCGGGCGACUCGAUUGCAGGAGCAGAACUGUCAUUGCACCGCGUUCAUCCGCGUCUUCGACUGGAGAAUCGUCUCGAAGCAGGAAGGAUCUCGGAUCACUAUCGACUAUUGUCUGGAGCAUCAGCAGCAUCCGCAAGAGCCCUCCAGCCCGAAUCCGUCCAAAGAGGAAUACGAUUAUUACACUCCGGAAGUGUUCAUACGCGAUAUUGAGGAGCGAAGACGGCGGACGGUGAAGCUGCUCGGCGACGUGGAUUCUGGGAAAAAGCGCACGCUGGAACCCAGGACUUAUGUGCCGCCCGGAAGAGCCCGUCCGUGCUCCGGUACCAGAGCUCUGGCGCCGCCCCUUGCUGCUCAACUGGCCGCCGGAACAACUUCUCCGUUUGUGGAUCUCUACGCGGAACAGAGUUCUAUCAAUAGCCGCCCACGCCCGAAAUUCCGUCAGAACAUUCGUACCGCCUAUCCGAAAGUGGAAGAGGAGCCGAACACGUCUUCUUCGACGGCUACGACGGCUACGACUUCCACCGUGCCUCCGCCACGUAUUUAUAUAUCACAAAAACCGUAUUCACGUCUCACGGAACGUGAGCAUUUCAAGGUACUGUCAAACGGUGUUCACGUCGAAAACAACAUGAGCUUUCAGGAUAUUUACACGUUCAACGCGGUGUGCAAGGUGGAAGACACCUGUCAGAACCUUCUCAAUCGCUUGCAGAGUUGCCAAAGCGCGCGCGUCGGUCUGGCGUACCGCGAAAAAGUGAAUGCGCUGUUGCGACAAGCGAACGUGGAUCCGGCGCUCUCCGAAGGAGCGUCACUAGAGGAUACGGAGAAGUCGUGGGUGCUCCAGAAGCCGUUGAGAGGACGUCCGUCGAAAAAGCGAAAGUUGGAAGAGGGCGAAGAGGACGGAGAGACGGGUGAGGACGAGGAGGACGAGGAUGUAGAUGUCGAAAUUGAGAAGAUGACGGAGGAAGAAGAAGAAGAAGCCGGAGGGAAUGACACGAUGAUCACGACGGAAGAGGAUGAGGAGCGUUCGAAGGAAGAGCACAAGAGCUCGAAGAUUGAGCCGAACACGUUAGUAUCAAUAGCCUACUAAAAUGAAUUCUAUAUUCUAUUGUAGACGUGAAGAUGUUCCGAAAAAGGUCCACGCGAAAAGGGAUCGAAAAGAAGAGCCGCCACAUCUUCAGCAGACGGAUAGCAUGACGAGAAGCGGGCGACAGAGGAAAGUACCGGCUAGACUUGCACAAUGA